UUAGUAUCCUCGCGGACAAUCGUACUAUGGUUGUAGAGGAUUACGUAGAGCGAGUCCAGGCGUAUUUCCGCCCAGAGAAAGAUGGGAAGGUGGAAAGGGUUCUCCACUCCCUGACUCUCCUCGUAAAAGACAGCCUCCCAUUUGAUAUUGUCCUGGGAAUGGAUUGGGAAGAGGCAGCCGGGGCCACGCUCCAUCUGAAGGAGCACGAGUGUAGGCUCCCUAGUUCUUCAGGCGAGGCGAAGACUGCCCGCCUUUUCCAUGUGUCAGGAGUAGAGAAUUCCUUGGCGCAUUGCUGCCUUAGUGCCCCCUCGUUCGCCAGACUGGUGAAAAAGGAGAAGUUGGAGAAACAGGUUUUUGUUGCCUAUGUUAGGCCAGUGACUGAGCCUACGGAAGAAAAGCCGAUGGACCCUGCGAUUGCCAAGCCGCUGGAGGAAUUUAAAGAUUUGACUGAGCCGCCGACAGGCACAAUGCCGCGGCCCAUCCAGCACUGUAUCGAGAUAGAGCGUGGCAGUAGAACUCCUAAGGGUGCUGUGUAUAGGAUGUCCCCGCGGGAGUUAGAGGAGUUUCACAAGCAAUUGGACGAGCUCCUCGAGAAGGGUUGGAUUAGGCCCAGUUCAUUUCCCUUUGGAGCGCCUGUUCUCUUCGUUCCUAAGAAAGAGGGAGAGUUGAGAAUGUGCAUAGACUAUAGGGGUCUGAAUGCUAUUACCGUGAAGAAUGCUGAGCCACUGCCGAGGAUAGACGAUCUCUUAGAUCGAGUGCAGGGGGCCAAGUACUUCUCCAAGAUAGAUUUGAAGUCCGGAUAUCAUCAGAUAGAGGUGCAUCCUGAUGACCAGUAUAAGACAGCCUUCCRGACUCGAUAUGGGCACUACGAGUUCAUAGUGAUGCCCUUCGGACUAASCAAUGCGCCAGCUACGUUCCAGCGCUGUAUGAACGAUUUGUUCAGGCCUUGGUUAGAUAGAUUUGUUGUAGUUUACUUGGAUGACAUUUUAGUGUUUAGUAGGACCCUCGAAGAGCAUCAGGGUCAYCUCAGGCAGGUCUUGGAGAAGCUGAGGGAAGCUAACUUCAAGAUCAACGCAAAGAAGUGCGAUUGGGCAAAGACCCAAGUUUUGUACCUAGGCCACGUCUUAGACGGAGACGGCGUUAAGCCUGAAGAUAGUAAGAUCGCAGCGAUUAGAGAUUGGCCCACGCCGCGUACGCUGACAGAGUUGYGCUCGUUUCUGGGCUUAGCUAAUUACUAUAGAAAGUUYGUGAGGAACUUCUCUACCAUCGCUGCGCCCCUUCGCAGACUGUUGAGAAAGGAAACUAUCUGGAAGUGGGACAAGGACUGUACGUCUGCCAUGAAGAAGUUGAAGCAGGCAUUAAUAGAGUACCUAGUCCUUAAAGUCGCCGAUCCGUCCUUGCCUUUUGUCAUCACGACCGAUGCGAGUCAAUACGGCAUAGGUGCAGUGUUACAGCAAGACGAUGGCAAUGGGUAUAGACCCGUAGAGUUCAUGUCCGCCARGAUGCCUUCAGAGAAGGUCGCGACAUCUACCUAUGAGAGGGAACUCUACGCUCUCAGGCAAGCGUUAGACCACUGGAAGCACUACUUGCUUGGGAGGCACUUUAAAGUCUACUCAGACCACGAAACAUUGAGAUGGUUAAAGACGCAGGCCAAGAUGACACCUAAGCUUACCAGGUGGGCCGCCGAGAUAGAUCAGUAUGACUUUGAGCUCAAGCCUGUCAAAGGGAAGUACAACGUAGUUGCGGACGCUCUGAGUAGGAGGGCAGAUUACUUUGGGGCGAUAGUGCGUUAUCUCGAUAUAGGGAAGGACCUGCAGCAGAAGGUUAGAGAGGCCUACGCGCAGGACCCUAUCUAUAGUGACCUCCUUAAGAAAGUUAAAGAGGCCCCAGAGACCGAGCCAAACUACCGCACUACUGAAGGGUUGCUCUUCGAGAAGACCAAUGUGUUUGACCGCCUGUGCAUUCCCAGUAGUGAAGAGAUUCGUAGCCUGAUUUUGGGGGAAUGCCACGACACAGAGGGUCAUUUCGGUUGGCAAAAGACUUUAUCCAAUCUGAUGCGCGCGUAUACCUGGCCCGGGAUGAAGAAUGACUGCGUAGAGUAUGUUCGCAGUUGUAAGGUUUGCCAGCGUAACAAGAGUAGCACGCGAGCGCCGUUAGGUCUUCUCAGGCCCUUACCGAUUCCAGACCAGCCAGGAGACUCCGUGUCCAUAGAUUUCAUGGACACUCAAGUCAAGAGUAGGCAUGGCAAGAGCCAAGUUAUGGUCAUAGUUGACCGUUUCAGUAAGUACGCAGUUUUUGUUCCUUUGCCUUCAGAGGCACGUACUGAUUUAGUCAUACAAAGAUUCUUUGACUGUUGGGUGAGCGAGUAUGGAAUCCCACUGUCUAUAGUUAGCGAUAGGGAUAGUCGCUUUACUAGCCAGAACCGGCAAGAGCUCAUGGGAGUAUAUGGAUCUAAGUUGUUGAUGUCGCCCGGCCGUCAUCCAGAGACUAACGGUCAGACAGAGCAAACGAACAAGAUCCUACAGCAAGUUCUGCGCAUGUAUAUUAGGCCAGAUCAGAUUAACUGGGACGAGAUGUUGCCCAAAGUAGCUAUUGCGUACAAUAACAACGUGCAUCUGUCUACAUGCCGCACUCCCAACGAACUGCACAAGUCCUUUAGACCGCGCAGACCAUUUGAGGGACUCAACCGGGACCAGAUCCACAGAUUGCCAUCCGGGACCAGAUCCACAGAUUGCCAUCCGGGACCAGAUCCACAGAUUGCCAUCCGGGACCAGGGAGUUUGCUGUACAGCACGAGAAAGAACUAGCUACUGUCGUAGAGAACCUCAGGAAAGCCCAGCAUAAGAUGAUAGAGCAGGCGAAUAAACAUCGUCGCCCUUC